AAUUCUAUCAAAACCGCUGCUUACAAAAUAUCGUUCCACUUCUGAGCGCUUUUUUUCCAUAGAACAUGGUUUUCAAAAAUCACAUCAUUUUUUUUAUUACGAGGGGGAAGGAAAAUUUUCCCAGAAAUGUAUAUAAAGACCCGUGAAUAACGAUCAAGUCUUUCCACACACAAACACUCUCUCCAACAUGUCCUCACAUUUCUUCAAGCACUACUUCAGACCCGAAGUGACUCCUCUCGUUUUGAUCAUUGCUGGUGCUUUAUCUGGUGCCGUCUACGUUAGUGCACAUCAAGCCCGAGCACCCGAUGUCGUAUGGGAUCACAAGACAAACGAUCGACCUUGGAAAGACGUCAAGGAAGGCGAUCAAGUCAAGUUCUGGCACACACAGGAAAACCCUCAAUACACCCAGCGCUUCAAGCGAGAACGGUGGUAAAUUAUGAUACCGUUUUGCAAUCUCACCCACAAGGGCAUGUAUUAUAGUUAAUUAAGCUGUGACACGCAGCUUGUUUGAAAUCGAAUAAAACAUUUUAAAUUUUGGACUCGUAACAAUU